AACAUCAAACGCCAAACGCCAACUUUUGAGCCUCAACCCCGAUCAAACACACACAUCACGCAUUCGUUACCGCUCCCUGUGAUUCUCGCGCGAACACAGCCAGCAUCGAUACCGAGUAUUACUAUUAUGGAACUUGCGCCUGUCGUUUACGAAAGCAAUCCUAAAGACAAGCGAUGCCGCCUCUUCCCGACGAACCCGAGCCCUUGCCGACGCCUCCUGGCUCUCCAUUGCCAUGGGCCGGCAAAUACGAGGCCUCCCUCCAAUGUAUGCCGCCUGAGAUUACCAUGAGAAUCAUGGGAUUUACGGACUCGAGGUUUGAGCUCAUCAACCUCGCACUGAGCUCGCCGUAUCUUUUCGCCGUGAUGAAGAUGCAUGAGGUUCUGAUACUCAAGGCGAUGGCGCGCAAUUUACUUGGUCCCUCCAACCUGGACAUUUGCCUCUUAACUAUGGGGGUACUAAAGGUCGCUCAGAGUGGAGAGAAGGUCUGGCAGUGUCUGUAUGCUCUCUCACAGCGCCCAACGGUGGACACGAUACGCGAUCUCAAGACGCUCCGUAACAUGGUGGACUUGACCGCGUACAUCAACACCAUGGUGACAAUCUACACGUAUCCACAGCAGCCAGAUCCCUUUUGGAGACAUGCCUUGCGCAAGUACGCCAACCGAUGGCCCGACGGCUGCGUCCCUGACGGCAACGUCUCCAUCGACCCGUCGACACGAGAAGAGUUGCAACAGGUGGCUGCGCGUCUCUGGAACGUGCGAGACGCGGCAUUCGGAAAUCAUCACAGCGCGCCACCUAGAAUCAAUCAUUCAAAAGAGCUCAUGACGCUGUACCAGCGAGAAAUGUUUUGCGCGGAGCUGAAGCUGCGGUGCGACCUGGUGUCAGAGGCGGGAUAUGACAUCCCUGAGUGGAUGCACGAAGAGAUGCCCGGCGAUGGAGUACAGAGCUUCCUCGAGCUGCUCUAGUGCUGCAGCGUGCACGCGAUGGCCCAGUGUUGGAACCGUGACGACGGCGAGGUGUGGACGGAAAUGAAUCAGUCGUCUUGGGCCGAGGGCCGAGCUCUGGGAAUUCGGUUUUACAUUGCCAUUGCGAUAUAUAUGCCAUACUAUGCUCAUCGGGAAACGGUUGUUGAGCUCUGCCACGCUAUACGGAGCCAAAUAUGGCCUUAUUGGCAUCCAGAGGAAUCCAGCGGGGCCCCAACUGAAUGGUUCUUUGAGUUUCAGGAGGCUGCGUGGGAAGGCUUGUGGGAGCACGCUUACGA